AAUUUGACACUCUUGAACUGAGUCACACGCCAGUAAGCCAGUACGGAAUCGGUUUUUAAAGUGACACGACGACUUAAGUUGAUUUUUUUUUGUUCUCUCAUUAUGUGCUAAGAAUGUAUGUCAUUGUGUGGUGAUUUUUAAUUUGUGAAUUGUGUGUAUUUUCUGCUAGUCGGUGAAACAAUAGCAACAGACAAACAAAAUGACGGAUACAUCGGAGAUCGAAAAGGAGUAUCUCUCCAGUUUGAGUGAUCUCAAUGUGAACAGUAAGCCGCUGAUAAGUAUGCUUACAAUGUUGGCCGAGGAGAAUAUCGAACACGGCCAGGUCAUCGUCGAUGUCAUCGUAAACCAUAUAACUAAGAUACAUCCUGAUGUGAAGCUCCCCGUACUAUAUUUGAUCGAUUCAAUCGUCAAAAAUCUUGGUAAUCGAUACGACAAUCGAUACAUCACCCUGUUCAGCCAUUCAAUAGUGAAGGUUUUUUGCGAUGUCUUUAAAGUGGUGAACGAAAAAGUACGAGAGAAGAUGUUCGCGCUACGGCAGACGUGGAACGAUAUAUUUCCACUAGCUAAAUUAUACGCAUUGGACAUCAAAACCAAUGAAAUUGAUGUGGGAUGGCCGAUAACAGCCAAAUUAACACCAUCCAUUCACGUGAAUCCGAAUUUUUUCAAAGGCAAAACACCCGACAGCGACAUUAUACGGGACAAGCAACGCGAACUUUUGGAAUUGCAGAAACGGAAAUUAGAAUUGGAAUUGGCUGCAACGAAGAAGCACAUUGCCGAACAAGAGAAGCAGCUAAAAGCCAAUGCUGCCGUCGUGCAAACGGUGAGCACAACUGUUCCACAGCCGGAGAACCUUUCUCAACCAUUGUUGGCAGAAUCGUCCGGCAAUAACUUCACAAACUCGCAAUAUCAGUCUAUCGAUAUGAUACAACCGAAUACAAGCGAUUCCAUGGCACAAAAGGCACGCAUGGAAAUCCACAAACCGGAGUCAGCUCCGCAAAAUGUACGCUCUCGUGAUCCCCGACUCGCCCGUCAAAUGCAAUUUCAAAAUUCUGCUCAACGUAACUUCAAUCAAAGAAAUCGAACGGCUUCACCAGCAUUUGUUAAUCAAGGUUUUGGGCCCGCUUCAACUCAUUUCGUCGCAAAUAGUCAAGCAGACAAUGCAAUUUCACACCGACCUCCUACAGCAUUUACUGCUGCCAGUAUGAACGAUUCAGGUAGAAAAUCGCGAACAGCAAGCAAAAACCGAAGUUCGUCGAAAGAAGUGAAAGUUCGCUCGGCAUCAAAAACGUCACCGAAACCACAAAAACCAAAUAGUCAAAAGUCAUCUCCCAAAUCACCAAGCUCGUCUUCAUCCAAAUCAUCGUUGAAAAGCUCGAAAACGUUUCCGUCGAGCAACCGCCAGUCACCGAAAGACCAGAAAAAAGAUCGGUACAAAGACAAAGAGUCCUGUAAACUGUCACCGACUCAAAGUGCGGCAAUCACAGCUUUGGCUGAAGCCGAACGGAAGAUCAAAGAAUUUACGAUACCGAAAAAGCGCAGCCCAUCGCCGAAAGAUAAGUCGACCAAGUCGAUAACGGAUCCGAAAGUGUCGAGCACCACAAAGACCGCCGACAGUCCAACCAAGUUCAAGGCCAGUAAAACCAGUUCGAAAUCAAGAAACUAUGUGAGACACAAUCGAGGAGGAGGUGCAAGUGCAGACAUUGUCCAACCGGAGACAGCACCAUCAACAACAUCGGUGACUGCCCCGAUCAUCCCAACCACCACCACAUCAGAAUCGAUUGAAUCAUCACUAAUUCCACCGUCCAUUGAACCAGUAGUAAAAGUUCCGGCAAGUGCUAGCUGCGUUCCGUUAACAGGAGCUGGCGAAAAUCAAAGCUUUAAAAACAAUGUGAUUGACGUUCCAUCGAAAGACAUCGAUCUAAGAUUAAUGCUAUCCAAUGCGGGAUCAUCGCCGAUAUCAACCACUUCGUUUGGAUCAUCCCUUUCCGCAACUCCGUCCUCGGUCGAAGCACGGAAAAGGUCCGAAGAUCGCAGCGUUGAAGAGCCGCCCGAGCAAAAGAAACGAAAGACUGAGAAGAUCGACGGAUUAUUCGGAAAGGAAGACGUGGAUUUGAGAACGCAGCUUAGUCAAGCAAUAACUCCGUUAUUUCCGCCUGCAGUUCUCCCGUCCGGUGAAGAGAAACCUGAUUGGGCAACCAUCAAGGCUGACACACCAAAAUCGAUCAAAUCGAAUUUCGACGCGGUUCGAGCUAAAUUGGCUGAAGCUAGUCGACACCUGCCAAACAAACCCAAUCGAAACAACGAUAUCGAUCUAAGGCGACGACACAUGCGCGAUUUCAUCGAAGAUUCGCAGGAUGGCAGCGAUGCAACGUUAAAAAUCAUAUUGGCUCAGGCACAGGCGCAACUCGACAACGACGACAUGAAUUUGGAACAAUACAACGCUUUGAUGCAACAGGUCGUUCAGGCGCACACAAAGUCAAAGAAAGAGUCGUUGAAGCGUAAGAAUGAUUUGGUCAGCCGAUCCGGUUUGUCAAUGGACAACAACGAUCAUUUCAGUUCGAGCAGUUCCGACUCAAAUAUUGCCAAAUCAUCACGUCAUGCCAAAAGAGAUCACCGUGAUAGUGAUGGACCAGAUCGUGACAAUGUGUCGUCAAAGGAAAAUCGAAGCAAUCGAAACCAUAAGAGAAGUCGAACCUCGAAGUGGUCGUCAGGUCCACCAUCACGGGACAAGAGUCAAAAUGCGAUGCUCAAUUUUCAACAACAACCCAGUUCGUCGCGUCAAUUCAAUGUCCAAAAUGUAUGGCAAGACGAACAGCCGCCAAUGUUCCCAACGAAUAUGGGAAUAGGACCAACUAUAAUGAUGAAUAAUCCGUAUAUGAUCAAUGCCAUCCCAUCGAAUUUACCCGGCAUUAACAAUCAACGGACCAUCAACAUUGACGGCAUUCCACGCGAGAUUCGUUUCUACGAUGAAGUGGCCAUUGCAUUUAUGAAAGAGAACGGUGGCGAACCAAAGGAAAUUGGUUUUCAAUCCGGAGAACGUCGGGUUCUCGUCGACAACAAGGACAGCAUAGUGUUGGCCUUCAACGAUUCCUAUAAGCCAUUUAAAAUUGACGGUGUCAAGUACCAGAUUCGAUUUGGUUCACCGAUCAGGGAACUGUACAUUAACAACAUGUGGUACGAAUGUUUCUUCGGUGAUCCACCCACCAACAUCACACUGGACGGCAGAAUUCGUCAAUUUAAAAUCGAAGGACCAUCGCCACAAGUGCGAAUCGGAAAUUUGCGCACUGAUCUGGUGGUUGGGAAGAUAGAUUUGUACGUCGACGUUCAUGUGAAAGUUUCGCUCUAUUUGGAUGCGCAGGUGCAGCACUUUGAAUUGGACAAUCAGAAGCACACCGUUCAGUUUGCUGACUAUUUCCUUACCGUAUUGAUAGACGGUGAACAGUUCGGCGUCGAAUAUGGUGGUAUGCCAAAGAAAAUUAGGUUUGGCGGACGUGAUCAUUACAUCCGAUUCUCCAUAAUGCCAGAUGGCGUUGUCCCGGGGAUGAUGUACAUAAAAAAUAUGCUGCGAACCGAACGUCAUCGUGGGAUCCAGUCGCCUCUACCGACAGUGUACACUGAAUUAAUAAUGCCACUCAUUCCGCCUGUGCCAGAAAUGGCAGCUGUGGCUCCAGUAUUACCAGCUGGUUCAGUUAUUGAAGUGCCUUCAACGUCAAUGCUUCCAGCUGCCCCAUCGAUAAACAUCGAUGAUUUGUUCCAGAAAUUGUUGGCGUCCGGCAUCUUAAACAACACAACCAAAGCGGAAACAAAGGAAAAGGCAAAGGAGAAACCGAAAACAAUAUCGUUAGCCAAGCCCGAUACCCUGAAGUUGCGUCAACAGACUCACAUUCAUGUCCUGUUUUCUGGCAUGCAAUGUAGCAGCUGUGGAGUUCGUUUUCCACCCGAACAGACCAUUAAGUAUAGUCAACAUUUAGACUGGCAUUUCCGGCAGAAUCGUCGCGAUCGUGAUUCGACUCGACGGGCGCACUCUCGUCGGUGGUAUUACAAUGUGGAAGAUUGGAUUCAAUACGAAGAAAUCGAAGACCUAGACGAACGGGAACGCAAUUGGUUCGAAACGCAACAAAUGGAAAUGGAUAUGGCAAACGAUGAUUCGGCCCAGCGCAAUGAAUCACCGGUGCCGAGCUGUGUUGCAGGACCAGAAGAUGUAGAUAAAACAUGUGAUAUGUGCCACGAUCAAUUCGAAACAUUCUACAACGAGGAAAAUGAGGAAUGGCACCUUAGGAAUGCUAUCCGUGUCGAUGACAGAACGUAUCAUCCGAUUUGUUUUGAAGACUGUAAGACUUCAGAGACAUUGGACGAGUCUAGUAUUAACAAUGGUCUUCACGGCGACAAUGCUGUGGAGCUGGCCUUGAAAACCGAAACAGCCGAUGAGUCAGUUGAUCGAAUUUUGCUUGACGAUGACGACGAUGUCAUUGUGUUACCGCAAGAGGAGCCUGUCAUCACCGAAAUUGCGGACGAUGAUGAUACACCCACAGUUUCGUCCAGCGUAGUGACUGUGGAGAAAAUUGAUUCAACGUCCCAAGAUGGUGCUAGCACAUCCGGUGCGGUAACAUCAUCAACCAAUGAUGACGUGAACGCUACGUAUGAAUCGAUUGGAAACGAAUCGGAUCUUCAGAUAUUGGUGCCACAAAUUUCGGUUGUUGAUGUCGAAGAUUUCGAGGAGAAACCGAUCGAUUCAACGACACAAUUGCCGGUUAAGAUUAAGGAAGAACCCAAAGAUGAUGGCUACGACGAAGAUGAUGCGUUCGAAGAUAUUGGAACGUUUGAGGAGGCUACGAUCAUCGAAGAUAACAGUGUGGAUGGCUAUACACCUGUGGCUAUCGUAUCAACAACGCCCGCACCGUCAACGCAUCAGACGCAAGCGUCGAUGAUCACCAGUCUGGACGGUAAUGUUCAAUUGCAGGACGCAGCACCGGCAACAAUCGGAAUGAAUAAGAUUAAGAUAAACAUAACGAAAAAUGUAACGAAAACUGCAAUAAAGGCUAGUGAUAGUAAUUUAGGUAAACAGAGCGAAUUAGCCGCGACGAAAGCUAAUGUAACCGACAAGAAUAAAGAGGAAGAAGAACAAGAAAUUACAUUUGAAUACAAGGACACGAUGAAAGGGGCGAAUUUUAAGAAAUUGCCAGCCGUUCGAAGUGGCACCGAAACAUCUGGUUUGUGCACCAUAAUGUAAUUGGGGUGCGCAAUUUUUAGUUAAUUUUAUCGAUUUUUAAGUUUUUUUUUCUUUCUGUUUUUCUUUUAUAAACGCCUAAAAUAAUCGCUCGAGAACGAUGAUCAAAUCCCAAAGAAAAAAAAAUCUUUUCGAUUUGUGAUGGUUGUUUUGGUCGAUUAUUUUAUGUGGUUGAAAUUGUGAUGUAAACAAAUUAUACAAAAAAAAAUCAAACAAAAAAAUUACAAAAUAAAUGAAAAUCAAACCAAAAAAAUUUAAUAAUUUUUUUUAUCAACAAAACAAAAGCAUAGAAGUGGGUUUUCUUAGUUGCAUAGUUGGACUGUGGUUCGCUAAAAUAUAUUUUCACCAGAUAUUGUACAUUUUGUAAUUAAGACCAUAAGUGUAGCCUGUAGCAACAUGAUGUGUAUAUAAUUAUUCUGUAUUAAGUGGCAGAUAAAAAAAAUGGCAUGGCAGUGUGGUUUUCUUAGAUGUUAAUGAUGUAAACCAUCAGCAGAACACUUGGAGUUGAAAUAAAUAAAUUUAACACAAAA